GAUUGUUUUUGAUACAACCAACACCAAUUAAACUGUUGCUGUCACCAAUUGAAUUAUUUCAAAAUGUUUAAGGUACUUUUAGUUGCUUCAUUCGCUGCAGUCGCAUUGGCACAAUUACACGGUGGCUAUCAAAAUGGAUAUCAAAAUGGCUAUGGCGUCGGGAAUAUAGGAUCUUCACAGAACAUUGUUCUACACCAGACUCACGGUCAAGUCCAACACGCUCCCGUGAUCAGCCACCAGCCUGUCUUAGUUCACCAGCCUGUGCACUACGCUGCUCCUGUCGCCCAUCAACAAGAACAUUAUGCACCAGCUCACUACUCGUUCGAGUACAACGUACAUGACCCUCACACCGGAGACAUCAAGUCCCAACAUGAGUCUCGCGAGGGUGACGCGGUGCAGGGCUACUACAGUCUGCAUGAAGCUGACGGCACUGUCAGACGUGUGGAGUACACGGCUGAUGCUCACAGCGGUUUUAAUGCUGUUGUUCAUCGCGAGGGUCACGCCACACAUGCAGUUCCAGCACCAGCUUACCAUCAUUAGAUUAGACAUAAGUACCUACUAGUUAAUAAUAGCUCAUAAUAUACUAUCAAAC